ACUUCUCAGUGAGCAAGGGACGCUGUUGUGAAAGAAGGUAGACUUGCGUCAAAAUAAUUGCGAUGUACAAAACUCUUAGAACUGACCUAAAACCGGAAUAUUUGGAUUUGACACCGAACUCCUGAGACUUACCUCCGAGACUGAGUGCCUUUUCGUCCUCAUCCUGAAGAAGUUUCCUCAAAGCCCAUCACAUUGGCAGCGCGUACGGUAGCGUUGUAGACUCACCCUGUUCCAAAGAAAAUACUUGUCUAUGAUUUGCUUCUAAAGCCAUUGAAAAGGAAGGGAAAUUAAUCUGGCACACGGAUAACCCAGAAUUUGGGGUGCAUGCAUCAAUGCCAAGAAAUUUAAUUAGGGAAACUGUGCCCAAGGAAAACGAGACUUUUCUGGGGAGGAUGGAUCCCCCGCCCAAGGAGAGGCACUCACCAGUGAACAGGCCAGUGCCAUCAAGGGGUCGCUCCUCUUGUUCCAGCCUAAAGAUGUUCCUUGUGGCCUUGUCCUUUGCUUACUUCGCAAAGGCAUUGUCGGGAAGCUAUAUGAAAAGCACAAUAACCCAGUUGGAGAGGCGCUUUGACAUCCCCAGUUAUUUAGUUGGUGUCAUUGACGGGAGCUUUGAAAUCGGUAAUUUGCUGGUGAUUGCGUUUGUCAGUUACUUUGGGGCCAAGCUGCACAGACCUAGGAUCAUAGCAGUUGGAUGUCUUCUCAUGUCUGUGGGGACUUUCCUCAUUGCAUUGCCACACUUCAUUAUUGGACGCUAUAAGUUUGACUCAUCGAUUAGAUCUUCAGUGAACUCAACCAAUACCUUCUCUCCAUGUCCAGCAAGUUCACCUGGUGUUCUGUCUGCAGGUGACAACUCCUCUGAGGUGCCCAUAGCAGACUGCGAGCGAGACUUCAGUCUGUCCAUGUGGGUGUAUGUUUUUCUGGGGAAUGUGUUGCGCGGAAUAGGGGAGACCCCUGUUCAGCCUCUUGGAAUCUCAUACAUAGAUGAUCAUGCUUUGGAGGAAAAUGCUGCUUUCUACAUAGGUUGUGUCCAGACGAUAUCGGUCAUUGGUCCCGUGUUUGGUUACUUGCUGGGAGCUCUGUGUGCCAAUAUAUAUGUGGACAUUGGAUUUGUCAACAUGGAGAGCAUCAGCAUAGCACCAGGGGACGCCCGCUGGGUGGGAGCCUGGUGGCUGGGCUACCUCAUAGCGGGAUUCAUCACCCUGCUCUCGGCCAUACCCUUCUGGUUUCUGCCCAAGUCGCCGUCCAUGCCUGUGGACAAACAGUUGGAAAAAAGCUCCCCUGAGCAGGCCAACUCCAUCAAGGAGCACAAGUACCAGGCGGACGAACCGGCCAACUUCCUAGAAAUGGCCAAAGACUUUGUGCCGACAUUAAAGUCUCUUCUCAGAAAUCCUGUGUACUUUUUAUAUCUCUGUGUGACCAUUAUCCAGUUCAACUCCCUAAUUGGCAUGGUCACAUACAAGCCUAAAUACAUAGGGGAGCAUUAUGGAAAGUCAGCAUCUACCGCCAACUUUUUGAUGGGCAUCAUAAACAUUCCUGCCGUCGCCUUGGGAAUGUUUUCGGGAGGCGUGGUCAUGAAGAAGUUCAAGCUGAGCAUCAUGGGAGCGGCCAAGUUUGCGCUGGGAACGUCCCUGCUGGGGUACUUCCUGUCCCUGUUCUUCCUCGCCAUGGGCUGCGAGAACUCCAAAGUGGCAGGGAUAACCGUCUCAUACAAGGGCGUGAAGGGCCUGUCUUAUCACGAGAGUGCACUCUAUGUCCAGUGCAACGCAGACUGCCAGUGUUCAGGGAAGGAUUGGGAUCCCGUGUGCGGAGAGAAUGGGAUCACGUACGCCUCUCCAUGUCUGGCUGGCUGCCGUUCAUCCAGUGGCUCAGGAAGGAACACGGUGUUUGACCAGUGUAGCUGUGUUGCCACAGGGAAUCUGACAGCCAGAGUGGGCCUGUGUCCCAACAGGAAUGCCUGUGACCGCAUCUUUCCCUACUUCCUGACUCUCUCCGUCAUCACCUCCUUCAUUAUCUCACUUGGUGGCACGCCGGGAUAUAUGCUCCUUAUAAGGUGCAUCAAGCCACAGCUGAAAUCACUAGCUUUGGGGUUCCACACACUGGCCACAAGAACCCUGGCUGGCAUCCCAGCGCCCAUAUACUUUGGCGCCAUAAUCGACACCACCUGCUUGAAGUGGGGCCAGAAGAGCUGUGGGGGGCGAGGAGCUUGCAGGAUCUAUGAUACUGCAGCAUACAGGACGGCCUACCUGGGCCUGACGCUGGGCCUGCGCGCCGUCUCCUUCCUGCUGUGCACCUGGGGCUUCGUGGUGCUCCGGCGGCACGUACGGCAGCAGGAGCGGGGCCCGCUGACCAACGGUGCCGCGGCCGGAGUGGCCGAGCUGGAGGCCCUUAGGAGGGAGGAGACCCACGGUGGCUCCAGCUCCGACCAGUCCCCGCAGAACUCGGACAGCAACCCCGAGCGGGAGACACGCCUAAACCAGAACACAAUAUGCUGCCAUUGUGAGUGAAGUUUGGAAGGGGAUCAUACAGUUCAAGACUGAAUGGAAAUGGGUCAGGUGAAGAGAAGGACUAACUAUUGUGGGGAUGUAUACUUUGGCUAGGACGUUCAAAAGCUGAUCAACAAACAGUGCUGGGGGCCUUGUACACAGGCAUGCUUAGAAUAGCCAUGUUGAUCUCAUAUGUUGUAACUGCCCUUUCAUGUCUCUGAACGAGAGUCUGAAUGUGAAACAAUGGGCAAAAAGGUCUCAGAUCAGUGGUCCGGCGCUAGGAUGCUUUUGUGGGUGUGUGUAGAAUGCGUGGCCACUUCCACCCUUCCCUUUGAAAACUGGCUCCUGGUUUCCCCUGGCGGAGGUUCCUGCCUGCCUGCUGUUUGUUUUCACUCCAGCAGGAGAGAUAUUUGUGUGAAGUAGUCAAAGUCAACAAGCAAUCAGUCAUUCAUCUCAGCGAUCAGUAGACAGAGAGAACGUUUUUUUUUUUCCCAGCCCCGCAGAAAGGACAUCUCGCUGCAACACUGAUUGUGUCCACAAGGAGGACGUGUUGCACCACAACACCUUGCUAAUGAAGCACUACACAUGAUCUCAGAGCACGGGCUAUGCAUAAUGACAAAUCGAAUCAGACCAUCAUUUCCUAUACUACUAUAGUACAUAUAUAAAGUAUAAACAGACGCCUAAGAAGUCAACCUCUGCACUGUGCACUGUUAACAGGUAGGCCUUCACUCUAAUCAAAUGUGGAGCAACAAUGUUGAACUCUUCGCAAUCAUUUGCCAUUGCAAUUUUUUGUAACGUUUGUAUGGAAUACAUUGUCUUUACGGACUACUGUGCUGCCAUCAGAGAAGUGUUGUUCUAUUCUAUGGACAUUUUUUCCUCCCUGACACUUGCAGUGUGAGACAUCAUGGUGUGGGCUUGUGCACGAGGACAUUUGCCUGCCCUCUGUGGUGCACAAGUGUAUUAUCAUCUGUGGUGUUCAGUGUGAGUGUGUGUGUGUGUGUGUGUGUGUACCUGGUUGCACAUGUGCUCAUGUGCCAAAAAGAAAAGCAAAAUCAACAGUCUACUCUCAGGUUGGUCAAUCACUUGUUCCUGAAAAUUUUAAAUAAUUGUACUUUUAUAUAUAGAUGAAUAGAGAAGAAAAUGAUUUUUUUUCAUUGUUAAAAAAUGUCUUUGGCAUAGCAGAUCUCGGGGAACUUCGGUUGAUAUUUUUUGCCAUUUGAAGUUUACCAGUAUGAACCAAGGAUCAUUUGAGUCUUUCUGACUUGUGGAGCAUUUAAAAUGAACGGCAUUUAUCACUUGCUUUAAAAAUUUGAAUGUACAUAGUUUUAUUUGCUCAUUUAUUUUUGUAUAAAAUUGAAGUGAACAUCCUGUGAAUGUACAUGAUGCAAAAAUAAAGCAUUUAUUAUAUUGCCCUCGGA